AUGAAACUCGACCUUGGCCUGUUGUUGGCGGCUACCCUGGCUUCCCUCGUGGCUGGCUCCUCGUCUGGCCCCGUCGUCGACCUCGGUUAUUCGUCUUAUCAGGGCUAUUAUGAGGCCUCAGCCGGGUUGAAUAUCUGGAAAGACAUUCGUUAUGCAUCGCCUCCCGUCGGCCAACUACGAUGGCAACCUCCACGACCUCCAGCCAAAAACACCAGCCAGAUCAUCCCCGCCGUGGAUCAGCCCCCUAUUUGUCCCCAAUCAGGUGCUGCAGGUACCCCUGUCAUCUACGGGUUCAACUCUGGACCUGGUGACGAGGACUGUCUUUUUCUGAAUGUGUAUGCGCCGCCUGGAGCAUCCGAUCUCCCCGUGUUCGCUUGGAUCCGUAAACGGGGUGGCUAUGGGCUGUUUGGCGCCGUGUAUGAUCCGAGCCCGCUCAUGAACACCAACAACAACGCAUUCAUCACGGUGGAAAUCCAGUACCGUCUGGGCGCAUUUGGGUUUCUUUCGUCUGCCGAGGUCCAUAAACAAGGCACCCCCAACGCUGGUCUCCUUGACCAGAGGUUCGCCCUGGAAUGGGUGCAGCAGCACAUCGGCAAGUUUGGCGGUGACCCCACACGAGUCACCAUCGGCGGUGAAUCGGCUGGCGCAGGUGCGGUAAUGCUGCAGUCGAUGGCAUAUGGAGGAAAUGAAUCGAAUCUAUUUCAGAAUAUCAUCGCAGCGAGCCCGUACUCGCCCCCCAUCUAUCCCUAUGAUGGUGCUAUUCCGACCGCGUACUACGAGCACUUUGCAAAACAGGCCGGCUGUGGUCCAUCCACAUCUGCCAGAUCCAAGCACAAGACGACUUUUGACUGCCUUGUUGCCGCGCCUAGUGAGACACUGCAAAGUGCCAGCGGAAUUGUCUCCGAGUCUGGACUCUUUGGCACCUUUGCUUUCCUACCCGUUUUAGACGGCGAUAUGAUCCGUGAACGACCGUCGGUGCAGUUACAGGCUGGCCAUAUCAGCGGUCGGCGCAUUCUCGUCGGGAACAACGCCAAUGAUGGUGUCCCUCUCAGUAAUCCUAACGUGGUCACUCGUGCUGCAUUCAACGCGUAUAUCUCCAACUCUUUUCCCAGACUGACUGAAAAGGAUGUCACAAGGCUGAACCGUCUCUACGGUCCGGCGGACUCGCAGCAAAGAGACGACGGUCCUCGGUUUGAUACCCUCGGCACCAGUGGCCCGACAGCGAACAACCAGUCCGAAAUGGCUACAGGCUUGCAACAGACGGUCUUCAACAUCUUCGCCGAAACCACCUUUGACUGUCCGGCGCAGUGGCUCGCCGAGGCCUUUGGUGGCGCUUCUCGACUAGCAUGGAAGUACCAGUACUCUGUUACGCCGGCGUAUCACGGUGCCGAUCUGAACUCCUAUUUCAACAUGGGAGCCUCCUGGCCCUGUGCUGGAUUCAACCACGCUUUUCGGAAGAUGUGGGGAAACUUCAUCAUGAACAAUAGUCCGGUCAUUCCUCUCGUCGAUGCGAUGGCCAACAACAGCCAAGCCGUGGUUCCUGUAGGUCUUAAUGGCCACCUGGACUGGCCGCAGUUUCGUCCGACGUCUCCCUGGCAGAUGGAUCUCAACACCACCGGAGGGUCCGUCAGUCAGGUUGUAGUCACGCCAAACCUGAGCUACUACGUUCGGGAGGGAGACGAUGUCGUCAAUCAAUUCCGUUUGGCCGACGCCUACACCUGGGAAGGAGGACGCGGACGGCGUUGCGCAUUCUGGAGGGAUGUUGCAGAUCGGAUUUCCCUAUGA